GGUUAUCUAACUUUGACAUAAAUGGAUCACAAUUACAAGUAAAAAAUUUCCAAAUUAGUGAUACGAUGUUCCUCCGAUAUUUUAUUCUUUUUAUUCUGCUAAUUCAAAGUGGUUUAACCAACGAUUUUCACGAUCAGGCAGACAACGAAUUUGCCGAAUUCGAGGAUUUCGAAGUUGAAGAUGAUCAAGUUAUUUCUGAAGAAGUCCAAAGUGAAUCACAGGGACCUCCAGAGCAAGUGCCGGAGAAUGAAGACGAUCCGGAUAUGGUAGUCGAUGAUGACGAUUCGGAAUUCGAACAUUUCCAAGACGGUGAAGAAUUCGAAGGCUACGAAUUGAAAGAAGAAAAUGUCGAAUCAGAACCAAAAAUAACAAUUGCCAAAGUACCCCUUAACUUCCGCCAAAACUGGGACAGCUACUAUCUAGAAAUACUCAUGAUGGCCGGAUUGGUUGUAUAUUUCAUCAACUUUGCCACAGGAAAAAGCAAAAACAGUAAGAUAGCGAACACCUGGUUCAAUACUCAUAGGCAAUUGUUCGAAGAUAACUUUUCGUUGGUGGGGGACGAUGGGACUUUAGAUAGGAAUGAAAAUACCAGUUUAACCAAGGAGAGUGAGAAUAUCUUUACUUUGUGGUGCAGUGGAAGAACCUGCUGCGAAGGAAUGUUAGUGGAAUUAAAACUUAUUAAAAGACAGGAUUUGCUAGCCACGUUAUCCGGAAUGAUGCGGCCUACCAUGGACCAAAUCCACUUCACCAUACGUAUGAACAAAGAAGACAUGGAUAGCUUUGUGUUCUGCCUGGCUACCAAAAAAACAGCAACGAGUCUAGUCAAAGACAUGGCCGAUUUGAGCGUAUAUUGUCCCGAGCGUAAAUCGGGCGACAAAUUCAAUUUGCCAUCCAGUUUUAACGUGAUGAGCGAAAUCGGGGAAGCCGCUUCUGCCAUAUUGGAUCAUAAGGUGUCCACUGUAAUUAAUAAGUAUCCCGAGUACAUAGAUUAUAUCCACAUUUCCGAUCAAUAUUCUGGACUGAAACAGACUGAAGAGACCGGACUUUUGAAAUUGCCUGAUACUGAAAAAGCAAUUAUGUUCGGUUUUAAUAUACCCGUGAAAGGGAUGCCUCUUGAAGAGGCGUGUGCAAAAUUAACUCCAUUGAUGAACAUGGUUUUCUACACCAUAGAUAAGGUUAAACGAAUUAGACUGUCUAAAGAAGCCAAAUCCAAAGCUGACAAGAACCGUCAAAAAGUGGAAGAAGCCUUCCUGAAAUCCACCCACCAAGCUAGAGCUGAGGCGGCUGCAGCGAGAAAAGAAGAAAAAAGGCGUUUAGAAAAGGAAAAGAUCAUGGCUGAGGAGGAUCCAGAACGACAGAGACGUUGGGAACUUAAAGAAGAAAAGAGACAAGCUAAAAAGAGGGGGCCAAAGAUGAAGCAACUCAAAGUGAAAGCUUUGUAAGGAUCGAAUUUUGAUCUCUAUUUCUAUAAGUAGUUGUUUCUAGAAUAAUAAAGUGAUUUUGGUCAAGUAC